UACCGAGGAUUCUACUCUCCAAGAUGUAAUCGGUGUACAGCUAUUGAUAACUGUCUUGAAGUGUUCUGUAGUAAUUCGAAUAACCAGAAAUGUGACCGAUGUGAUGGUGAUUACGGCUCUGCUCACGGAUCAGCCUACAAGAAGUCUGAUGACAUGCGACAUUGCAUAAAACAAUGUUCAUGGAGGAGUGACAGCAAUGCCUGCUACCCAGGAACCUGCACAAAUGCCCAGUGCACCUGCAGCAGUGGAUUCUCAGGAACUGACUGUCGAACAAUGGGUGGCAGUCAAGCGCCAGCCCUGCCAGAGCACCGUGCUACCCUUAUCCUGGGAACAACAACUCUGGAAUCGCCCACGUUCCAGGGCAGUGCGGCCACCGUCUACACCAACGUGCACAAUUUCACAAGCGUUAAGAUCAGGUGGACAAGCUCCUACCAACCCACAGGACUACCAGACCCCAGCAGUGGUGGACAUCCAUAUGUCCAUAGCCGUGGACUUGGCGUUGUGGGUGCAAGAGUCAUAGCCUUUGUGAAACGGGGUUGGAGUGAUCUAUAUUCAGUUGGCUCCUGGGACUGCACAUCGACAAAUGGAAGCUCCUUCAAUCGGGACAAUCCCGCUACAGAUCUAGUAUCCUGCGAGCACACUUUUGGUUUGAACUACAACGCGUGGACACCAUCUACAGGAGAUGUAUUAAGGCAGGAUAUUUAUACAACCAGCGGCGGCUACUUGAAACUUUACAACAGAGAUCAUUCAAGCAGCAUCAUCACACGGUACUAUGGCGGCAGCACAACGUCUGCCCAUUCAACUUUCACCUUUGAUUUUGUUGACCCUUACCACUGCGUGGGUGCGGGCGGUGGAUGUAGAACCACCAUGCUGGAUGCAGGGAAUGACGUUACCUCGCAGGCAGUGAUUACUGUCACUUGGCAAGGUUGGUCAGACAGUCCUGCUGGUAUUAACGAAUAUGCUUUAGAAGUGCGAGAGCUGUCCGGUAUGCAUGGCACUGAAAUGACAGAAAAGUUUGACAGUGAUCCUGUUUACACUGGACUAGCCAGCUCUGGUCAGAAUGUAACCUUGCCCCAUGUAGGCGUCUAUUCCUUCAUCCUCUCUACUACCGACAACGCCGGCAAUGUCAAACUCAGCAGACGCUUCGUGUUCUUUGACGAUGAUCCACACGACGUUACUGUCCAGAGUGAUUCCCCUCUUCGCGUGGUCUCAGCAACUGCAGAGACCGAUUACGUGUGGUUGACCAAUCUCGACUCCAGCGGUGGGACGACCCCGGUGCAGCUGUCUUGGACAGGCCAUUUCACCAAUGUGCACCAUCAGAACCAAGGAUUAUUAAAACCUAUAGGGUCUUACGUCGCUGGUACCAUCGAUUCUGAUUACGACCAGAACUUUGGCAAGCGUGGCCGUGCAUUUAUCCCAAAUGCCCUUGGUGUGACCGAGUUCCGCGUCCUUCCCGACAUUGACCACAGCGGUGGCCGAACCACUGUCAACGUGAGUGAUGACAACUCGGACAAUUGGAGCAAUGAGGCCACAAGAACACAAGCCAAUUAUGACCUGCGCCUGGUGGAUGGUGAUUCUGUUCGGUUCUCAGUGGAGGCCCGAGACUUAGCCGGUCACUUUGUGAGGGACGAAGUGUUGGUCCAUGCUGAUUCGUCCCCGCCAAUUAUUGAAAAUUUUGGGCUGGUCCGAGACGGAGAAGUAAACUUGGUAGUCCACAAUUCAGCUGAUCUGCAUGAAAUGAGUGUUGCUUUCAGGACUUACGACAUUCACAGUGGCAUAAGAACCAUCGAGUGGCGUCUUUUUGACAACUACACUGGCACAGGAAUGGAACAGGGAAACCAGACGGUUCCUGCGAGGAAGGUCAAUACGGUUACUGAAGACUGUAAUCCAGUCAGCUGUUUGUGUAUUCCGAUUGGUGACUGCUAUGCCGUGGACUAUGGUUUUAAGCCAUCAUUCCACAUCAGUGAUCAUGAAUUUGAUUACUUCAUCAAAUUGACAGUUACCAACCAUGCAAGACUGGUGACUACUCAGACAAUCAAGAUAUCAGUGGACACAUCCGCUCCCCAGGCCGGUGUGGUGCAUGAUGGGAUACGUGGGUCGAGUGAGGUGGACUUUCAGGAGGGCAAUGACCUCUCGGCUCACUGGGAUGGGUUCUUUGACAAGGAGAGUGGAAUCAAGUUUUACCAGUAUCUGUUUGAUAAAUCCUGCUGGACUGGUAAUACAACAAUUGGCAGUGUUAGGGACGCAAUGACAAACACCACCUUUACAUAUGCCAGUUGGACAGCACCUUCUCCGGGCCGGUACUAUGUCACCGUCAUCGCGUACAAUCGAGCACUGGAGCCGUCCGAGGCAAUCUGUUCUGAUGGUGUCGUGAUAGACACGAGUCCCCCUUCAUUGUCACAGAUUUCUAUCCGCUAUGCUCAGAUGUGGCCUGGUCUUGCCAAGAAUGCCGAGGGUCGGGUAUGGUUUGUCGAUGAGCACCGCAGAAAAACGAAGCUGAUCAAUGCAUCCAGUGGGUGCAGAUCCAAGGCUUCUCUGGUGACUGAUUUGUCUGUUUAUCCUGAGAUGGCUGGCACCAACAAUUCGUUAACAAUACUGCUAGGAGAUCCGGACUGUAUCUGGAUCUCAGCCGUUCAGCAGAAAUUCUUCCUACCAACUCACAAACAUGUAAUGAUAUCCUGGACAGGUGAAGAUACAGAGAGCUCUAUGUAUGACUAUGAGAUUGGUCUCAGCAGUGACCCCUCGAACCCAACCCCUGACCUUGUGACCUUCACAUCCACAUCAGGUCACGAUCACUUUAUGAUGUACCAUCCUGAAAUCAGCCAGGGCGCCGUGUUCCACUUGGUCCUAAAGGCAGUGAACAAGGCCCAACUCUCAACAUCCAAGGUAAUCGGUCCAAUCAUAGUGGAUACCACCCAGCCCGUGUUUGUUGGGCGUAUCUCAGUCCGCACUGAGGGUGAGUUCUUGGUUGCCGAAUGGGGACACGAAGGAUUCACUGAUGAUGAGGAUACCGAUCUGAGGUACCAAGUCGCCAUUGGUAGCAACCCAGGUGGCACAGAGACGCUAGCUUACAAGACGGAAAAAUACUACAGAAAUGGUCCGUGUUCAUCCCAAACCUCUUGUGCUGCAUUCUCAUUGGAUGACCUAGACUGGCAUCUCCAUGGUGACCAUGAAUAUUACGUGUCAGUCAGAGCACAGAAUGGUGCUGGAUUGACAACAGUGGGGACCUCAUCUGUUUAUAGACACAUCGUGCAGUUGCCAUCCCUGGGUGUUGUAUUGGAUGUUGCACCGCUAGGAGAGGAAGUGGUUGUGUACUUUGGGGUGGCCGAAGACAUUGAUGUACAGACGGACAACACAAGCCUUUCUGCUCGUUGGUAUGGCUUUGAGCAUCCCCAUCUUGACAUCAACUAUGAGAUUGCUGUUGGAUUACAAAAUUGCUCCUCUGACAUCAGCGGUGGAUUCAUCAAUGUUGGCAACAUAACCUUCCAUCGUUUGGCUGGACUGGAGCUAUCUUCCCUCACGACUUAUUACGUGACCGUACGCGCUAACUCUGAAGCUGGGAGCGUCAAUGUUACCUCAGAUGGCGUCAAAAUUAUUCAGGAGGGUCAGAUAUUUGAGGGAGCGUUGAUCAAAGACGGACUGAGAUGUGAUGAAAAUGAAACAUCUGUUCCUCCAAGGUUGAGCCAUCACUCAUCCGCUGCUGCCCGACCCUGUCAAGAUGACACCACCUUCCAGUCCUCCACCUCAGAAAUCUCAGCUCAUUGGACCAUUCCAGAGAUCUUGGAGCCCUUUGUUACUAAUGUCAUUUGGACAGUCGAGCAGGAGAUUGAGAUACACAUUAACAAACAGAAUACAACUAAGAAAUGGAUCGUUCUGCUUGAUCAACGGGAUCUGGGCAUGGCCUUCCAACAUGUUCAGGCGGGUAUGGGAUUACAUGCUGGAGCACACUAUAGAUCAAAGGUUCAGUUUUGCCAUGUUAGCGUUUGUUUCCGACCCAUUGUAACUGAUGGAUUCUGGGUAUUGUCCGAACCUCCCGAGGUCGGUCAGGUCACAGUCAGCAACAUUGAGACUAAGCAAGGCAGGAUAGAGAUCUACGGGGCUUUUCAACCUUUUUCGCAUGAUUACGUUCGUCAUGAUGACCCUGAGGAACUGAUGGACUUCUAUGAAUGGAGCAUCGCUGAAGACGGUAGUAAUGGAGCCAUGCUGAGUCAGUGGAAAAGAAUUGACAAUUUUGUGGCUACUGGAGAUGUGUUCCGCUUCACAGCAUUCUACAAUGGACAGUUAGACCUAGAUGUCUGUCUUCGGCUAUCGAUCAGGGGCUACAACAAGGCCGGCCUGUCCUCCAUCGCCAGCGCCGAAAUUGUUGACUGUGACGAUGUGACGCUCAUUGUUCUACAUACUGUCAUUGAUGCAGAUCAUGAAGUCAGCAUGGACCAGAAUGCUCUGUGGCCGGAGCCAGAUAAGAACUACAUCUCCUCUACAUCCUCCUUAUCAGCCGUCUGGCCCAUGCUGCGCCACAGAGCCUACGUCUGGGCAGCCAUUGAGGACACCGGAUCAACAGACUUCGGCGACUUGGACAAGGGCCUGCGGUACCCAUGUGAUCACCCUAGGAUGAAGGCCUGUGGAGAGACAGACAAGGAGUUUGUCAAUGUGCCCAGCUUAUCGUUGUUGCAUGGGAGGCGUUAUCGUAUUUGCAUCCAUGCUGAUGAAGUUACAUUGGAGCACGAGCUCUGGAAUGAACUGUUGCCUGCUGUGUCCAGCUGUAGUGAUGGUGUUGUCGUAGAUACGACCCCACCAACACCUGGCUCCGUGUGGAUUGGUUGGAAUCAGCAUCAAAUCUAUCAAAGUUCCAACUCUGAGUUGGUGCUGCAGUGGGAGUCGUUCACCGACAUCGAAGAACACGGCUUGGCACGUCAUCACUCGGGAAUUAAAUACUACGAAUACGCCAUUGGUUCGAUGCGGGGUGGCAGUGAUGUAAAAGAGUUCGCUCGUGUUGGAAUUGCAAACAAUGUCAUCGUACAUAGCAUAAGACUGCAAAAUGGACAUACAUACUAUGCGACAGUGAGGGCGACUGACUUUGUUGGUCUGUCAUCCCAAGUGACAUCCGACUCCUUAACCAUUGAUACGUCAUCUCCUGUCAUUAAUGACGGUCACACUUUGGACAUUGGUGGCAGUUUCAUCCGGUCUACAACUUCUAUCUUUGUCAGUUGGAAGAAUGUGUUCUCCGACAAAGAGAGUGGCAUAGCAUAUUACGAAUGGGCCAUUGGGUCUCAUCCAGGUCAUGCAGACAUCAUGCGUUUUACUAGAGAGAGUACAGAGACUGGGUUCAGUGACCCUGCACGAAAACUGCCUCUCCAAGAAGGCCACUCGUAUUUCAUUUCUGUAAAGGCCAUCAAUACUGUAAGUCUGAUCACGCUGGAGACGUAUGGUGCCUUUACGGUCGACACAAGUCCUCCAGUGUCUGGCCACGUCUAUGACGGGGAUUCGGCCUAUGUACCGGCCAAUCACAGAGACCAAGACUUCCAGGAGGAUCGCUCUGUAAUCAGGGCAUUCUGGAAAGGGUUUCACGACCCACACAGUGCCAUCGUUGGAUAUUCCUGGAGAGCUGGGAUUUGUCCAGAGUGUGACGAUGUUGUGCCUGAACAGCAUGUGGGCCUUGAUAAUGAUGUGGUUGCUGAAAAUCUUAACCUUGUGCCUGGUCUAACCUACUAUGUAACGGUGACGGCCUGUAAUGCUGCUGACCUUUGUACUUCAGUCACUUCCGAUGGAGUCAUUGUAGAUGACUCGCCUCCAGUGGCAGGGCGGGUGUAUGAUGGUGGACCAGGGGGUGGUGACAUCAGCUGCCAGUCAUCAAGGCUUCAUCUGCGAGCUCACUGGUGGGGCUUCCAUGACCCUCACUCCGGCCUCUCCCACUACGAAUGGCGCGCUGGCACUACACCAGGAGCUGAGGACAUUCUCCCCUCUUCACGCAUUGAACUGUCAGAGUAUGCUGUGAUAUUCCUGCCAGUGUCAGGCCAGCUGUCAAUAGACACUGAUAUCUUCAUCACUGUGCGCGCCUAUAACAGACUUGGUAUGUGGAGUGAGGCUACAUCUAAUGGGUUCCGCGUGGACUCUAGCCCCCCUGACGUGGUGGACGCACCUGCUAUUGAUGAGACGCAGGGUGUGGCUGUCAGGAAUACCCGGCUUCUGCAUGACCUGAUUCACUUUUCGUGGAAGUUCAGUGACCCCGAAAGUGGUAUCAAAGACCAAUAUAUAUCUGUAAGAACGCAUCACGGUGGAGAUAUCAAUAUACCUCCAAUCAAAAUUGCCGGGAGUGAGCUGGACCACACUUUCACUAAUCUGACAUUACAAGAAGGAAGUCAUUACAUCAUAGCAGUGGUGGCUUGCAACUUUGCUGGCCUCUGCACGGAGGCUGAGACGGAACCUUUCCUGGUUGAUGGAAGCCCACCUUCGGUUGGGGCAUUUGCUGUGGCAAGCGAGAGUGCUGCUGACCUAAAACGUCAUCAUAUCGUCUGGAUAGAUCCUACGCAGCCGGCUGAAACCACCAACCCAACUGAGUCCAAUACCACCCCUGAUGGCACUGGCCGUACAAGUGAUGUAACCUACUCGGCAAACACGACUACCAAAAUUCCGUCUACCACCUUGACUCCCCCACGCUACCACUCUGGUUGGAUGACCUGGCUGGAAGACACCAGCACCUCCACUGGUUCCUUAGCCCUGGCCUGGCUGGGAUUUGCGGAUGUGCACUCUGGUAUUAGCCACUACUUGGUAUCCGUCGGACACACCUACGGUGGUUCGGAACUCACUCCGAACGGGCCAGUCCGAGUCAACCACAGCAAUGACGGCAUCGCAUUGGAUGAAGGCAUUGCACAGACCGCUAUUGUACCAAUAGAGGGCAGUAUUACAGGUCUAUCUCCUCCGUAUAUUUACAUCUCCGUCUGGGCCGUUAAUGGGGUUGGACUGCUGAGCAACCACCAUCAUUCCACUUUCGAGGCCUCUGCCACUUCGCCCGGUGAGGGUGCCCUUGUCUUGCUGCGACGCUGCUCAGCUGCAACUUGCGAGGGUCACUGUACGUGCGCAGCCAUCGAUGAACAAUGUGCUCCAGAUCAGGGCCAGAGUUGCAAUAACAUAAGCGACAGUAAUCCCAAUACUGAGAUAGAGGUCCUGGAUGUACUGAAUCUGAUGCAUGAUGAUGUGAACAGCUUAAGCGAUAUUGACCACACUGCUACCCUUUACAUGGCGGCUGCAGUUUGGCGAACCACCCUGGAGAAAGGGCUGGACAUUAAAUGGCUUGAAUGGAGCAUCGGCGAUGACUUUUCAUCAGAUCCAGUUGGAGUUUUUGAUCCAGUGCAGGACAGAGUCUGGUUUGAUGUUGGGCAGGAUAACCGUACAUUCAUAGCAUUAGAUGAAGACCACAAACUGCAGAAGGGAGUUAAGUAUCACGUGUUCGUCCGAGCCUGGUAUGACAUGAAUACCUACGCUGUGUUCAGGUCAGAUGGCAUCACCCCUGAUGUUACACCACCAAAAAUCUCAAAAUUAAGAGGCACAAAGGUCAAAGAUCUUGCAAGCCCUGGUGCCAUCAAAGACACUGAUUACUUGACAGAUCCAACCAUGGUCUUCAUCUCAUGGGAAGGAGUGUUCGUGGAUGAUGCUAUGUCCCACUACCUGGUAUCUCUUAGCACAUAUCCAGGAGGUGAAGAUAUUCUCCAGUUUGCUGAUCACAUCUUCUCAGCUAAUGGGUCUUUCGCCCAGUUCACUGGCCUGGACCUGCAAAGUGGACUACGUUACUACGGCAACGUACGGGCAUUCAACAAAGCUGGUUUGCACACGCUGAAAAGCAGUGAUGGCUUUGUGGUAGACACCAGGAGACCAGACCCAGGCUUAGUGUUUGAUGGAAUGGAUCUCCAUGAUGUAGAGUACCAGAACUCCAGCACGGUCAUCUCAGCCUCCUGGCAUGGCUUUGUGGAUCUUGAAUCCUACAUAGACCACUAUGAGUGGUGCGUUGGACAGACCUCUAACCCUGCAGAUAAUGGUAUCCUGCGCUGCAUAGAUGUUGGAGUUCAGCUGUCUGCCUCACAGACUCUAGCUUUUCCUCUCACAGAUGGUGUUCGGUACUACUCCAAGAUCUCAGCUUUCGAUGCAGCUAACCUACAGUCUGUGGCGGUUGCUUCAGACGGAUUUGUGGUGGACACCACUCCCCCUGAGCCACUAGAACACGUCCUUUUGGGGGAUAAUUUGAUCCAGAACCCGUCCUUUGAAAAGAUACAGGGAAUUGGUGAUACAGAUAUGGAUACUCCUGAUACAACAAAUACAACAAACAAUCCAUUGACUUUUGAACCGCCUACGGCUUCGUCGAUGGAGUUAUCGUCUGCAGAAUCUGACAAUGUUAGUGCGUCUAACAAUUAUUCUACUUCUGCCAGCAUAUUAACUACUAAUGAAAAGCCAUACAAUGCCGCAAUGAUGACCAGUGGUGCACAGGGUCUACCUCCGGUGCAGUGGGAUAAAGGACCUGACAGCCAGUUGUCUGUGAUCACCUCUGACAAAAACAUUGUCCAGGACGGUCAUUAUUUCUUGUCUCUUCACGGCUCCAUCUCCCAACAAUUUAACACAACUGAGGGCAGCCACUACCAGGUGGUGAUUUUUGCAAGUCAUGUUGUACCGUCCCACAAUCCCUUGCUGAAUCAGGAAGGUCAGGUUGAGGCACCUGGAUUAAAUCGUGUCUUCAUGCUGUAUGACCGGCCAGCACAUGGUCACUCAGAUCAGAGUCUAAGCUCAAUCACAUGGCAUCAGCACAGGUUUUACUUCACAGCCAGUGAGGAUGUUUCAACUUUGAAAAUUUCAUCUUUGGGUCAGUCUAAUGGAAUUCUGCUAGAUAACAUUCAGGUGAGGCAGAUUACUACUGGACCGAGUACUGGUGAUGGGUCGGUGGAAGUUCAUACCCAGUUCAUUGACAGUUGGUCGUCUCUCCAUGCCAAGUGGCUUUUCUUUGACGUAGAGAGCCCUAUAGUGGACUACAGCUGGGCCAUCGGAACUAUGACAGGCGGAACUCAGCUGCAAAGCUUCAGAUCAGUGGGUACACAGACAGAUGCUAUCAAUACUGAUCUGAGAAUGCCGCACGGCUCCUAUGUCUAUGUCACCGUGAUGGCCAGAAAUGCUGCUGAACUCGUUGCCAUAGCAACUUCAGAUCCAAUACUGAUUGACCUAACACCGCCCACAAUUCAUUUUGUUACUGACGGUGCAGGUGCACAGGAUAUUGACUUCAGUGCAGAAGAUUCUGCUCUGACCUUCAGUUGGUCAGCGUCCGAUGCCGAAAGUGGAAUUGACCAUUGUACAUGGGCAGUGGGAUCAAAGCCUGGAAUUGAAGACAUCCUGCCAAGAACACAAUCGCCCGAUGACUCUUCUACCGUCACCAUCAGUCUAUUCCAGAGUAUUGUUGAAGGCCAGCGCCUGUACGUUACUGUCACAUGCUACAAUCACGCCGACAAGUCGUCAUGGAAAUCAUCCGACGGGGUCACCGUAGUGACAGUGCCCCCCAUUGCAUCAGAAGCCGUCGUCAAAGUGAAGACUGUAUCAGAGACUCAGUACGAAACACGAGAUGGGUACCAGUCACAGACAGACUCCCUCAAAGUGUCUUGGGAUGGAUUUAGGGAUUCAUUUGGAAUUCAGUCCUAUGAGUGCCAACUUAGAGGACCCAGUACCAUCACGUCCUGGAGGACUUGCGGAUCCACAUCAGAGACCAAUCUUGAUUGGUCAGGCCUCAGCUUGGUUGACGACGCCACCUUUAGUUUGUCAGUCAGAGCCGUCAAUUAUGCUGGUCUAAUUAGCCAGGCUGUUGCUGGCAACUUCACCGUAGAGUCUUCCAAGCCUGUCGGAGGAGCUCCAAGCCUGAUAAGAUUUUCCUGGUUGGGUGACGGAAAAGUCGAUCUUGCCUGGGAUGGCUUGUUCUCCAACCCCUCCUCUUCCUCCUUGGUGUACGAAGUAUCCCUUGGCACCAUCCCAGGAGGUAGUGAUAUUAUGCAGUGGGUGGAGACCAUGGAGACUGGUAUGCAUGUCUCCCCGCUGGUUCCCUAUACCAACUACCACUUCUCUCUGACAGCUAUCAAUGCAGCUGGCCUGUUUCAGACAGUGAAUAAGAUCAUCAGUGUAUAGUGGAUUUACAGCAAAAUAUGGCUACUACGUGUAGUGAGGUUGACAGCUUCGAGUUUGCGACUACUCGGGGCAUUUCUUAAGUCUUUUAUUAAUAAAACGUACUCAGACAACGUUUAAACUAUACACGGAUAUUCUGGUUGCAAAAGAGGAAUUGUAAGCAUUUCGUGGUGAUUAAAGCACUUAUUUUUAUAGACUAAUUGAUGAUGUGGAUAAUUAAUUUGGGCCAAACAUGUUGGUUUUGAUUCGUUGCAGGUAAGUUAAUAUUAUUAAUGCGUCACAAUCGCAAAGUUCUUGAAACUGCAUGCGGUUUAUAUACGGUAUACGAGACUUUUUAAAUUCUCUAGUGUUAUUGAAAAUGCUGUGGCUCAAGAAAGUUAGGCCUACAUUGAAGUUUGCUACCCACAAAAAUUCUAGGAUAUCUGCGCCGCGCAUCGAAACUGUAAUUGGCCGUGAAAACAAAACUCAUACGUCCAACAGAAUUGAAGGAGUCUUGGCAUGCAUGUCAAUUUUAAAUGAGAUUAGUUUCCUUGGAAAUCCAGCCAGAUGAAGAAUGUUCGACAAAUUCAGAUCUUUUAGGUUUAAUUAACACAGCCUUAGCAUAUGGGUGUGAAUCCCAGCGGGAUAGGGGUACAUGUCCUUUCUUUUUUGUUUUUAUUUCUGUUUAGGGGGAUGGGCUAUUUGAGAAGAAAAUUAAAGCGAUUGGGAAGAAUUGUUGACUUUCUAACAACCAAAAUGUAUUCUAUAAACUUAAAAGGGACGAUAGAAAAUCCAUAAACAAGCCAUUCUGGUAUAAGAUUUAUCAUUUAUGUAAUCUAUGUUACAGAUACGCAUCCAGUGUUUUGUGCAUGGUGUCACCAUGCCCUGUCUCCACGACCGCUCUUCAAAUUUCCAUGGCCGGGAAAGUCAUCUUCCCAUAAUGGCCCAUAUCCCCACUUUCUGGCACAAAGGUUUGCCGCCACUGCUCAGGCACGAUAUGUAGGUGCACAUACAGUCAAAAAUUGUCUGUUUAAAGAGGUUUUCGUAGCAAAUGGCAGAUGUUGUAUACAAAUUACUUGGACGUACAACAUUCAUUCGAGGGAGAACCCCCUCCACCAGAAAAGAAAAGCGUUAAUUGAUUAUCUCAGUACCACUGCUGAAUACAAGUUUGGGGUCAGGGAGGCAAAUUGAACAUUUUCUCAAAAUGACUCGAAUCUACAACUUUGUGAGCCUUGAGUUGCCACACCCUCAAAGACGGUAGUGUCGUUUCAAAAAUACUACCACUUGCCAUUCUGUAAAGAGGCAACAUAUCUCCGGGGAUGGGGUGGAACGGCUUGUAUUUCCUGCCUUAUAGGCCAUUGAAUACGCCAUGGCCCAAAUAUUCAUUUAUUUCUGUAGAUAAAUGUUGAGGUUGUUACCUACCGCUGUUGUCUAGGUUGCGCCAUUCCCUCAAUAUUUUUCACUGUCAACACUUACUUGGUACUUAGGUACGGAAGCGCAAGGCUGUCGAUGACAUAGCCUUCUUGUUUUAACGGGAUAUUGCUAUCUCUGUUUCUAAUCAUAACGAUAUCGUUUAAACGACAUUACUCUUUCUAGUUUAAAAAAGAAAACAACCCGUUUGAAGGGGGUAAAAUAGUCCUUUUAUCCGUGUUGGGCAGCAAUUCGUUUCCGAGGUUGUCAUGAAGCUGACAUUUCAACAUGAAUAUUGAAGGGUCAAUCAGACGUGUUCUAUAUUGCAGCUGUGUUUUGAGCACAAUUGUGUAUGGGUAACUGUACCGGAGGUCAAACCAAUACUGUGUAGUGCCUCUUGCUGUAGGAAAGGGCUUAUUGCUCGUAAAUGCAUCAACAAUUUAAGCGAUAUGAGCGUCAUGAUAUUGUAAUAACUUAUAAUGAAUUGCCGCAGGAUUACAUUGUGUGACGUUGUCUCAACCUUCCUUAAAUCAUGUAGUCAAAUAAUGGCUGCAGGAUGCCUAGCGAUCGUACAAUUUGCUUUCCCCUCUCUUUCCAAUGUCGGUGUCCCCAAACCACAGGGUCUGUCCCCUUUUCACCAUUUUGUUCCUGAAAGAGGCAAGUCUCCUUAAACAGCGAUUUCAUGUAGAAAUAUCCUUACCUGUAGUCCCCAGUUUAAUCAACACACAGAGGUUAUUGAAGCAACUUGGCCACCAUAUUACCGUGCCGAAUACAACGGUUAAUACAAAAGCUUGUUUGCCUUCAAUCAACUUUUUUCAUGACAUCAUUGCCGAAUACAACGGUUAAUACAAAAGCUUGUUCGCCUUCAAUCAGCUUUUUUCAUGACAUCAGUAGCAGUGCCGUAAAUCUCUGCUGGAUAUAGACCUUUUCGCUAAAUUCAUAAUUCCCACGCAUGCAAACAUUAUGGCCUUGGCGGCAAGAGGUGUGAGCGGGCCAGUGAAAAGGAACAGGGAGCAACACUUUCAUGACAAUUUUUUUCUCAAGAUUUCUGGCUUUUUUUCCCAGAAAACCCCAUUUCAUCAU